AUGGCGUCCUCCUCACGACGCCCACCCAGUUCCCCAGACACCCAUCCCACGACGAUCAACCAACGUCGUUUCAGAAAGUCCCGCUCCAGGCCCAUGAAGACGCUCUCCAGUCUCCCCCCCGAGAUCGUGCGUCAGAUCGUCGGCGAGGUCGAUUUGAUCGUUGCGCAGGAGAGGAGUGGGUUGGGAAUGUUGUCCAGUAUGGGAUUCUUUCCGCCGGACGUUUCGUUGGACGAUGUGAUUGAUGCUGGGCCUGGUGAGUUGGAGCAGAGAGCAGCGGAUGCAAGGGCGGGAAAGGGGUCUCCUCUUUUCCGACUGGGCUGGGCUGACCACUCUCCUGUUUCGUGCGACGUGAUGUCAAAUGUCUCCCACCAGCUGCCUUUUUUGGAAUGCUCGCUGGCUUCCUCGGAACUGGUGCAGGCGAUAACCCUCUCGGUGCCAAUGGUGCUGCUCCUGGUGCCGGACCGAACGCCGCUCCUGCUGCCCCAGCGACGAACACGAAUGCUACCACCACCCCCACUACCGCCGCUACGACCCCAUCUGCAUCGACCGCCGCAACCAACCCGAAUCGGUCGAACACUCCUGCUGCUUCAACCUCGACUGUUCCUUCAACUCCGAGGCAGGCGAACGCCAACGCGACGGCAUCGAAUCGAACAGGCAAUACUGCCUCAGCGGCGCCUUCGACCUCGGCCUCGACGUCGACUUUGAGAACCAGCGCCAACCCCUCGUCCUCGACUGCUCGUGCGCCCGAUGGCGGUCGUCCCGGAUCUCAGCCGAGUACGAAUACGAACCGCGGCACUGCUAAUGCGGACGACAUCACCAUUACGCGCGCAUACUCGCUGAGCCGUGAUUCCUUGUCGGGCGAAUGGGAGACCGAUGAAGAGAACGAGCCGUGCACUUGCCCGAGCUGCUUCUUCGAACGAAUGCUGGCCUUCCCUGGUUUCGAGAACGAGGGGAUCGACUUGGAUGAUCCUACUGCAUUGAGGGGACCUACUCGGGGCUAUGACGAUGAUGCAGAUCCGUCGGAUCAACCGAUCGUCUCUGAGGACGAUUACGACUCCGAGUUUGACUAUGAUCAGGAUGGUGACGAUGAUGAGUACGAUGAAGAUGAAUAUGACGACGAUGAAGAAUAUGACGAUGACGAUAACGAUAACGAUGGAAGCGAUAGUGACGUGACCGACUCGGAUCCGAGGUACUACGGCCCUCCUCGUCCCUACUCGAACGGAUUGCCCCUCGACCCCCUUGUGCCUCUCUUGUUCGUCAACCGCACGUUCUUGCACGCUUCUCGCGCCAAGCUCUACUGCAAGAUCACCAUCACGGGUGCUUGGCAUGGCUCGCUCUUGCUGCGUUCGCUCCAAGCGCCGGAGCACGCCGCCCGUACCGCCGUCGAGGACUUCGACGAACUGCCCAAGAACUACCUCGCCACCUACGUGCGUCACAUCAACUUCAACGCCAAAGGGGACGUCUCGCUCGCGCGUGGUGGCGGUCAAAUCAUCGUCGAUAUCCUUAACUUGUGCACGCGGCUGCAGUCGCUGACGAUCGCGCCGACGUUCCUUGCCCAUGCUCGUCGACCGCUGCUCAAGGCUCUACGAGGCUUGAACGAGCUCAAGCAAGUCAGCCUCAGUUCAUCCAAUGAUCUUGACGUGCCGAUGCUGUUUACCACGCCUCGUAUCAGUCAUCUUAUGAACACGGCGUGGCGAGAGCUAGAGGAGCUGACGGUACAUGGCUUGCGUCCGUCGUUGGAUGGGACGAUUGAUGAAGAGCAUUGUAUGUGGACCGAGUUGGGACAGAACUUUGGGAUGGAGGAUGCCAAGUGAGUAACAGUCAGGUGUCGUGAGCGGGGCGUUUUGUGUGCGAAUUGCUGAUCUCGCCUCUUGCGCAUGGGAACGUCCUUCAGGGAACACGCAGCAGUGUCGAUGGCGUGCCGCGCCGCCAACUUGGCGACCAACGUCGAAGCCCUCCGCGAAAAGUUGGGGCGGCACCUGCCCGAAGGCCCCAAACCCAAAGGCCUGACAGCUCUCAAGUUGACGCACCCGCUCGCCCCUGCGACGGAGUGGUCACACAUCCUCCAGUACAGUUCCGACACGCUCAAGAUCCUCGACAUCGUCCAUCCGUUCGCCAGCGUGACGCCGCAAGGUCUUACGUCUACUUUACUCACGUUCGGAGUGAACUUGACCCAUUUGAGCAUCGACGUCGAAUCGACUUGGAUCGCCGAUACGAGAGAUUCAAGCCUGUUGACCCCAGACGAGCCGAGACGAACCAGUGGCAAGGGUCCGCCUCCGAGGCCCAAGGAUUACGUCAAUGGUUGCCCGACGGCGCAGGUCGUGAACGGCAUUGCCAAGUACCCCUUCUUGCUCGACGCGAUUGUGCCUUACUUGCGCAACCUCAAAAACUUGUCCUGGACGGGCAGACUCGCUUCGCCACCCAUGUUCCUCUCAUUCCCACCUUCGCUGAGCGUAUUGGCAUGGUCACAAUGCUCUUCCAUCCAACCUGGUCGAUUAACGCGUAUUCUGAAAAAGAGGGUCUCGCGUUCUCGCAACGACGCGGACGGUCUCCAGGGCCUCUCAGCCCAAGUCGCGCCCGGUUUGACGUGCAUCAGCGUCACCGACGACGAUGUCGAUUGGGACGCGGAUGAGACGGACUUGCUCGAUGCCGAGUUGAGGGAACGGGACGUGUGCUUGCACCUGUCCUCCUUGGGGCCUACGAUGGCGAGGGGAAGGGGUGGUGGGGCGGGAGCGGGAGCGGGAGGAGCUAAUGGGGCGUUUGGAUUUGGUUUGGGAGGCGGUGGGAAUGCGAAUCGUAAUGGUGGGGGAGCGGCGGGCGCGGCACCUCCGGCGGCAGCGAACGCAGCCCCUGGUGGAGCUGCGGUCGCAGCGGCGGCGCCUCAGCCUCUUGCUGGCGCUGGUGGCGCUGCUGGUGCGACGACGGAUGCAGGAGCGAGACGAGUACGUCCUCGCACGAAUGCUCCGACCACGACCACGACGGCGGCGACGACUGCGGCGACGACGGCCAACGGUACUGGUGCUGGCGCGGGCACGGCCACAGUCACAGGCACUGGGACGCCGACGAACACGAACGGGUUCCCGCCCCGACAGCCCCCGCAAAAUCCCGCCCUAGGGAACUUCACCCCCGUCAGCGGCGUCGGAACGACCGGUACGGGCCUGCGCGUUGCGCCCAUUUCCAUGCCUAGGAACGGGAAUGGCAACAGGGCUCCGAACUCGACGACGACUGCGACGACUGCGACGCGGCUCCCACCAGAUUUCUUCAGGUUCAACCCUCACCUCCCCGCUGCGACGGCUGCUGGGAUGGGCUCAACGACGUCAACGGCCCCGGCUACGACCUCCACCUCGACAGCAUCCACGUCGGCGGCAUCCACCUCGACGGCACCCAUCUUCGGGGCAUCCGCCUCGACAUCGACGCCGGGGCAGCCGGUGUUCAGGUUCCAGUUCUGA